AACAGGGGUCAGAAGGUGUGUAUCUUAAUGGGUUUGUAGCAGGGCACAUUAAUGCAGGUCUAACGGUGCUUUGCCUGGGAGGCAGCGCUCUGCUCUCCAGCUCCUAUUGGGCAAAAGCACUAGUGUGACCCUCAGGCUAUAUGAGCCCGGUGUAAACACACGGACUUACUUCCACGAAGAAACAGGGAGGGCAGCUCAAACAUGGAGCCCGAAGAAAGACUUUCGCCGCACACGUUUAUUACAGCCAUUCAUACCCCAGAUCUCUCCUGAGGAUGAUCUUUAGUCGGCUUGGGACCACAAAGAAAGCGAUAAGAUAGCGCUGCAACUUCAAGCUUGCUCAAAACUACCUUCCAGGCGGGCGGCCAGAGGAAGUUCUUGGCGUUACUUGAACCUGAACCAUGUAAGCUACGCUAGCUGAAGGUUUAUUCGGCUGUCAGUGCUUAAUCUGUCGGUCAAUAUGCAAUUUUUUGUCUAACUCUUUAGUUUUUAUUGUUUUGCUGCCUGGUUUCGCGUAUAGUAUACGCCUCUCCUUCCCGUUGCUGUUAUUGUUGCACUCUUAUUGGCGAAGGUUAGCUAGCUUAGCUUAGCAUUUCCCCCACUUCUUUUCUAUUGAGCUGCUAGGUUGGCUAACCUAGCUAACGCUAGCUCCCAGGCAGCCGGUUUACUGAAGUUGAAGGGCUCGUAAUGGUCUACCUCAGCAAGAAACUACAAACUUGGAACAUUUUGUCAUUUAAGUAGGUGCUCGGGUCCUACUUAGCCUAGCCUUAUAGCUAAAUGUCUCCUAUGCAGUUUGCGGGAGCCGGUUUACUUAACCUGGCUAGGUUAACGCUAAAGUUGUGAAAUAACGCGGAAGGUCGUGAAAAUCUUACUUUUUUUCUAGCUCGCUGACAUAAAACAGUUUUGGUUGAGUUAGGUUGACUAGCUUGCAGUGCUGAGUUAGUAUAACGUUACUGUGAAAUCGUUUAAAUUGGAUUUGGGAAGUCUUUUUUCCUCCGGUUCUGAUGGACAUCAUGUGGAGUCGCAGCUGCCGAAGCCGCUAGCGCUGCUUUACAUUACAUUAGGUAGUGACCGGAGAGCUCAGCCCGCUGUGCUGAACUGUCUGCAUGCAUAAGGUUAUUCAUUAGUAUUCGUCAGGACGCGCUGGACACUGUCCUGUAAACACACGCAAGAGCAACCCGGAGCGAAAAUGUCCGCAGUUUAUUCCAGGCUGCCCUCACAGCUGAAGAGGCCUUCCGUGGCGAGAAAAGCGGUUUUUCUUCUGAUCGCCGCUUAUGGGGUGAAAAAGCUGUACCCGUACGUUUCUGCGAGGCUCAAACGAGGACCUUCAAGUCCGCGCUUGCCGCAGACGAACGGAGAGCCGCUGGGAGUGACGGAGAGGCGGAGGAAGAAGAGGACCUCGCCGGCUGUUAACCGCGAGUUUCUGGAGCGCCUGGGCCGCCUCCUGCGCAUCCUCUUCCCGCGGAUCUUCUGCAAAGAACUCGGGCUGCUGGGCUUCCACUCGGUGGCCCUGAUUUCACGCACAUUCUUGUCCAUUUAUGUGGCCAACCUAGAUGGUAAAAUAGUGAAGACCAUAGUCAAGAAAGACCCCCAGGCCUUCGUGUGGGAGCUGACCAAAUGGCUGCUCAUUGCCAUCCCUGCUACCUUUGUGAACAGUGCUAUCCGUUACUUGGAGGGCCAGUUGACCCUGGCCUUCCGCACCAGGCUGGUGACCUAUGCCUACCAGCUCUACUUCAGCAACCAGACCUACUACCGUGUCAGUAACAUGGACGGGAGGCUGGCCAACCCCGACCAGUCUCUGACGGAGGACAUAGUCAUGUUCGCCGGCUCCGUGGCCCACCUGUACUCCAACCUCACCAAGCCCAUCCUGGAUGUGGUCAUGACCUGCUACACUCUCAUAAAAACAGCCAAGUCCAAGGGAGCCAACACCACAUGGCCCUCGGUCAUUGCAGGCAUCGUGGUGGCCCUCACCGCCAAAAUCCUGAGGGCGUUCUCACCACGCUUUGGCAAGCUGGUGGCUGAGGAGGCCAAGAGGAAAGGGGACCUGAGGUACAUGCAUUCUCGCAUCAUUGCCAACUCCGAGGAGAUCGCCUUCUACGGGGGACAUAAGGUGGAGAUGUCGCAGCUGCAGCGGAGCUACAAUGCGCUGCGCUCGCAAAUCAACCUGAUCCUGUUCAAGCGCCUGUGGUACGUCAUGCUUGAGCAGUUCCUCAUGAAAUACCUGUGGAGCGCCUCUGGCCUUGUCAUGGUUGCUGUGCCCAUCAUCACUGCCCCGGGUUACUCCCAACAUGAUUCAGAGGAUGUGAAGCAGGCGGCGCUGCUGAUGAAGGAAGAGGAUCUGGUGAGCGAGCGCACGGAGGCCUUCACCACAGCACGGAACCUUCUGAAUGCAGGAGCCGAUGCUGUGGAGAGGAUUAUGAGCUCCUACAAGGAGGUGACAGAGCUGGCUGGCUACACGGCACGUGUGUAUGAGAUGUUUGAUGUUUUUGAGGAAGUGUGCGGUGGGGUGUUUCGCCGCUCUGUAGAGGAGGUGCAGGGCGAAGCAGCGCGCGGGGGAUCACGGGAAGUUAAACAUGGCAUGCGUGUGGAAGGACCCCUACUCAUUCGAGGUCAAGUGAUUGACGUCGAGCAAGGCAUCAGGUGUGAGGACCUACCCAUUAUAACGCCCACUGGUGAUGUGGUUGUGUCCAGCCUCAACAUCAAGGUGGAUGAAGGAAUGCACCUUUUAAUCACUGGGCCGAAUGGCUGUGGGAAGAGCUCCAUGUUUCGGAUCCUGAGUGGCCUGUGGCCCGUCUACAGCGGAGUGCUCUACAAACCUCCCCCUCAGCACAUGUUCUACAUCCCUCAGAGGCCGUAUAUGUCAGUGGGCACUUUGCGGGACCAGGUCAUUUACCCUGACACGGCUCAGGAGAUGAAGGAGAGAGGCUUCACGGACCAGCAGUUGGAGGGAAUCCUCCGCACCGUCAACCUCCUCUACAUCCUGGAGAGGGAGGGAGGUUGGGACGCAGAGAGUGACUGGAAGGACGUCUUGUCUGGAGGCGAGAAGCAGAGAAUGGGCAUGGCCAGGAUGUUCUACCACAAGCCUAAAUACGCUCUCCUGGAUGAAUGUACCAGCGCUGUUAGCAUCGACGUGGAGGGCAAAAUCUUUGAAGCUGCAAAGGAUGCUGGGAUUGCACUUCUCUCAAUUACACACCGUCCAUCACUCUGGAAGUACCACACCCACCUGCUGCAGUUCGAUGGAGAGGGUGGCUGGCGCUUUGAAAAGCUGGACGCGUCCACCCGUCUGUCUCUGCAGGACGAGAAGCUGCGGUUGGAGACGCAGCUAUCGGGCAUCCCCAAAAUGCAGCAGCGUCUGGCUGAGCUGUGCAGCAUUCUGGGGGAAGACAGCAGGCUGGUGAGCCCCGGGGAGCAAGAGGAGGAGGGGGAGAUGGGACAGAGGGAGCAGCAACAGCAGGAAGAGAGGGAGGAGAGAGAUGUGUUCCCUGCUGAACAGGAAAAAAGCCUUAUGGAGUGAUUUGCUGCCAGGUGACAGAGACGUGUUGAAGGCCAGCUGAGGGCGAGGGUGUGCGAGAGUGAGCGAGUGUGUAUGUGGGGGUUAGUGAAGGAUCUGGAGUGAAUAAUCGUAGUUCAGGUGUAGACUGUAGAGGUCUUUCCAAGCUGUGAGUUCCAUGCAUAUUUGUGCAUGUGUGAUUUUGUGUGUGUCAUGUUUUUUUUUCUUUUGUCUGUGUGCAAGUGUUUGAAGCUUAACGUCCUCGCCCGUGUGUGUUUGUGUGUGUUAGAGACGAUGGUGGGGGGGAUGCAGGGGGGGGGCAUAAGGCAGCUGCCAGCUCUUCCAGGUGCGGCGGAUGAUGAAAGCACCCAUGAAAGCUGCUCCAUCCCUUGUUAUUGCAGUUCUCUGCAGAAUUCUCUCAAAACUCUCUGGCAUCUAGGCAGCAGUGUGUGUGUGAGCAGUAUAGAGAUUUAUAUGAGAGAGGGCUGCUGUUGGAUCAGUGACUAAAACUGUGUAUGUAGCAGUACUGUUCACUUUAAUAAUAGUUCAUAGGGAUCACAGGUGGGAAAUUCUGGCCCAGAAAGUAAAAUCCUCACCAGGAUUGUGUUCCAACUGUUUGGACACCUGCACUGCUGAUUUGAGCUAAUCAUAGAGGCAAGGCAGUUAGAACAAAAUCCUGGGGAGGGUUUUUACUUUUGGAGCCUGUCCAUCUCUACUAGGGAUGCGGCGAAAUUUUGACCACUGAAAAUUUUUGGCCAAAAAUGGUUAAAAAAAGAUGGCACUUUUGGUUUCAGGCUAAAAGGGAACAAAGAAAGAAAUUUGUGACUAAAAAAGACUAAAUAUGCCUACAACAAAGUGUCAGAAUCUUCAGAAGUUUUUAAUAAUGUUAAAAAAAUACGAACAUUGAUUGCAUUGAUUGCACCAGUCAGAGCAGAUACAUUCAAAUGUUUGAGUAGCAGCAAACAGUGAAAAUAUAGCUUCUUAGAACUAUUUCACAGGGACAUUAGACAAUCGAUAUAUAAUCUGUUAACUCCAGGAAUUCAGUGGCUGACCAGAUCCACUGCACUGCGUGAUUAAAAAAAAAAGAACUGCAAUCAGAGAACACUCAUCAGAAUGACUACACCAGGGCUGCAUUUCACAAACGCACUGCAAGUAUAGAAAACGCAUUCUUCAG